CCGUCCAUGAACUCGAUGGCCGGCCAAUCGGUCUUGCCGCUUCCUGGUAGCGGCAGCAUGAAUCCUGCUGUUUACGCCGGCGGCGGUUUCGACACAACUGGCCAAGUAGCACCCCCCGGUAUGAAGCCCCGUGUCACUGCCACGCUGUGGGAGGAUGAAGGCAGUCUGUGCUUCCAGGUUGAAGCAAGAGGCAUCUGUGUUGCUCGCAGGGAAGACAAUGCCAUGAUCAACGGCACCAAGCUCCUCAAUGUCGCUGGCAUGACCCGCGGACGCCGUGACGGUAUUCUCAAGAGCGAGAAGGUCCGUCACGUUGUGAAGAUUGGGCCGAUGCACCUCAAGGGUGUCUGGAUCCCCUUUGAGAGAGCUUUGGAUUUUGCCAACAAGGAGAAGAUUACAGAGCUUCUUUAUCCUCUGUUCGUACACAACAUCGGUGCCCUCCUCUACCAUCCCACCAACCAGAGCCGGACCAGCCAGGUCAUGGCUGCUGCUGAACAACGCAGGAAAGACAGCCACGGCCAACUUCGCGGGCCCCCCGGGUUGCCAUCCCUCCAACAACAUCAUCACCAUUCCAUGCUUCCAGGCCCCCCGUCCUUGCCCUCGCAUCCUUCCAUGGGACGGCCGGCGCUUGACCGUGCACACACCUUCCCUACACCGCCAACUAGUGCCUCGAGCGUGAUGGGCCCAAUGGGCAAUUCGGACGGCUAUCAGUGGAGCCAACAGAGCAUGAAUGGCACGCAGGGCAACAGCUCGCUUUCUCUCGACACAAACCUUGGUAGCAACGCUCGGUCGAUGCCAAGCACGCCGGCAACGACGCCGCCAGGUUCGACAAUCCAGAGCAUGCAGAACUAUCCGCCCGUCAGCCAGUCGUACGAAAGCUCUCGACAGAUGUACCAGGGACAGUCUGCUCAACAAGCUCAGUACCAGAGCCAACAGCACUACUCUAGCCAACCGCAGCAUCAAGAGCGGUCCGUCUACAGCCAAAGCAGCUAUAUCAAGAACGAUAUGGGCCCGCCGUCUGGUAGACCUACCGGCCAGUCCAAUGACGCAUCCGACUCCAAGCCGCCUACUGGCAUGAUUCACCAAGGCCAAGGGCAGAGUGACCCCGGCACUCAUGCAGGUUCCGAAGAGGAUGAUGAUGCGAAUAACGAGGCCGAGUAUACCCACGACAGCGGUGGCUAUGAUGCGAACCGCGGGUCUUACAACUACAACACACAAGCCGUUAACUCGCUGCCGCACGAUCACGGUCUUGCUCCUGAAAUUGGCGGUUCCCCCCAUCAAGCUGGAUCAGGCCGCGCAACCCCAAGAACCGCAGCGGCGCCUCCGAGCUACUAUUCUGCGCAGGGUUACCAUACUCCCCCGCGCGGCCAACCCUCGAGCAGCUUGUACAAUGUUAUGAGCAACGAGCGAACCGGUAGCAACGGCACUCAGGGAAAUGAGAUGUACGCGGGCCAGGCUGACAUGCCCAGUUCCCUGCCGAACGGCUACUCGGCCCAGCCAUCCGUUAUGAACGGGAGCUCCGGUGGGCUGAAGCGAGGACGGGACGAUGACGAUGAUGGCGGUAGGCCUACGACCGGCGCCCCAAACUUGGGUCCAGGAAUGGAUAUGAAGCGUCGCAAAACGAUGAUGGACGGCGGCAGCCUCCCAUCACCUACAUACACCGCCACUAUGGCGCAAGCCGCACCUCCAGCUAUCGCGGCCCACAGGCGGAGAUAAACAAUGAGUGAGGGGUAUAUCGCCAAACUUGAUGCCCGACCCCUCUGGAAGUGUCUCGUGCCAUUUUCCUUUUCUUUUGUUGUUUUAUGACGCUUUCAUGUUCGGCUUGACGACGCUUAUGACCUUUAUGUUAUGACUUUUGUUCGACUAAAAAAAGGUGGGACGGGAGUGGGUGUUGUCGAGAAGCGUGGGGGGGGAAGGGGGUGGUAUGCUUCUUUUUAUCUCGUCUGAUUUCGGCUUGGAAACACAUUGGCUCGGUGGGCUGCCUUUCUCAGGGUCACGACUUUAUGAAGGAGCUUGUAAAUACGACUUUAGAGGAUCAUCAUCAAUGCAUGCGUGGGUUGAAUGGUGCCUGAGGAGCCUUGGGUUAGCCUUCAUCACUCAACUCUUUUUAUAGCGUACCUUACUUUUACACU